AUGAAAUCCAGUCUCGUCUCAAGUUUCGUCUCUCUCGCCCUUGUCCUCUCAGUGCAAGGCGCCAUCAACGACCCUUGCACUGCAAACGGUCAACCAGGCAUCUGCAUCACCACUUCUGACUGCUCAGCGGGAGGCGGUACCUCCCACGUCGGAUUCUGCCCCAGGGACCCAGCGCACGUUCGCUGCUGUACCAAGAAGUGCAACAGGAACAUUGGUACCUGCCGAUUCACCAAUACCUGCACUAUUCCUGGAAGCUAUGUCUUGACUGGCCUCUGCCCUGGUCCAUCUACUUUCCGAUGCUGCAUGCCCCCUCCAAACGAACUUCGCCGAGCCGAGGAAUUUGCUUAG